CCUUCAGACAAACAGCUUUUCCAAACGCAGCUUCUGAGAAGCGGGGCUUACGCGCUGACGCGAUCGUCACUGUGACGGGGCCGCUAUAAAGGCUGGCCACGGGCACCCGGUGAGGGAGGUGACGCCUGCUGGACACCGUUGGGUUUUCUGUCCGUCACCUGUCUGCACCUGUCUGUUUCGAGAGCGAGAGGAGAUCUCCGGCCAUCAUGCUGGCUUCACGAGCACUGCUGACCAAGAACACCGCCGGCGUCCUCAGCCGCCAGCCCGCGUGCCUGGCACACCAGGGAGACUGGGGCAACUGGGGCAACACCAAUAUUGCAGUGGUGUAUUCAGGCUGUGGCUGGUGGGAUGGCACUGACGUGCAUGAAGCUACAUACACCAUGUAUCACCUGAGCCGUAAUGGAGCACGCUUCCAGAUCUUCGCUCCAAACCAACAGCAGAUGCACGUGAUGGACCACAUGAAGAAACAGCCCUCCUCUGGAGAGAACAGGAACAUGAUGAUGGAGUCUGCCCGCUUCAGCCACGGGCAGGGCAUGAUGCAAAUCCAGGACCUGUCACGACUGGACGUCAACACCUUCGACGCGGUCAUCUUCCCUGGUGGACACGGCAUCGUCAAAAACCUGUCCACCUUCAACAAAGAAGGCAAGGACUGCAAGCUGCACAACGAUGUGGAGAGGGUCCUGAAAGAAUUCCACAAAAACCGCAAACCCAUCGGCCUGUCCAGCAUGGCGCCCCUGCUGGCGUGCCGCGUGCUGCCCAGCCUGGAGGUCACCAUGGGCUAUGAGCGCGACGAGAGCUCCCGCUGGGGCAACUGGCCGAACACCAACAUGGUCCAGGCCGUCAAGAGCAUGGGCGCACGGCACAACGUCCGCGAGCCUUACGAGGCCUAUGUGGACGAGAAGAACCGUGUGAUCAGCACCCCCACCUUCAUGUGGGAGACCGACUACCACUACCACUACAUCUUCGACGGCAUCGGCAACAUGGUCAAGCACGUCAUGCGCAUGUCCGCCAAAUAAACGCACGAGAACGAAGAACUCCGUCCGAACUCAGCUGGCUGUUAGAGAGUUAAUUCCGUAUCGCUACACUGUAAGAGGUCAGGGGUCGGGCCUAGGGGCUCCUGCUACGAUACGCCAUGCUUCUUCUCCUCACUGAGCUACUUGCAGAGUGAGUUAGGUCAGUCAGCCUAAUAUCAGUCGGUCAGUCGGUCAGUCGGUCAGAUGAGACGUAUCUAUCCAGAGCUGGCCACGCCAUGCCACUUCCCUUCGUGCAGUGUAGACCGGUCCGAGUGUGUAACGUGGGU